UGUAAAUAUUCACACAAAAACUUAAUAUUCUAGUGGUCUUUUCUCCAUGUUGCCCUCAUCUUUCUCUCAUAAUUUCCACCUUCAUGUCUCAUAUAUAAAGCAUACUAAGACACAUGUAUCACCCCCCAUACCUCUCUAUCUUUCUAUACAUAUUAACACCCAGACAACUUUGUAAGUUGAGAACCUCUUUGGCUUUCUCCUUCUUUGGCAAAUAUAUUAAGUACAUAAGUAGUUACUAUGCCUGGAUUAGCUAUGGAUGCAUUACAUGGGGAUGGUGUAGUAGACGAAUCCAAUGGAAGCUACACACCACAUAAGGAAAGCUUUACUCAGCAAGGCUCUCCAAGAAGUCCAUUGAGUCCACAAAGUCCUCAUAGUGACUCUUUUGAUCUGGCUAUUGAUGGCAUGAUCGACACCUCUAUUGAGCAGCUGUAUUACAAUGUCUGUGAGAUGCAGAGCUCUGAUCAGUCCCUUUCAAGGCGUAGCUUUCUGUCAUAUGGUGAGGAAUCAAGGAUUGAUUCAGAAUUGCGUCACCUUGUUGGGGAUAUAGGGGAAUUUGAGGUAACAAAGGAGGUGGUGAUAGAAAAUAAGGAUGGCAAUAGAGGUGACUUGACUCCAGAGAAAGAAAACGGGUCUAUUGGUAAAAAGUCUACAAAGAAGGCUAGGACCCAAUCCGGUAGUCCUAAGCAGCUUUCUCGGUUGCCAUUGGACUCUGGAACAUCACCAAAAUCUCGUCCUAGGAGUAAUUCUUCUCAUGAAAGGCCUCCAAUUGAUAAAAGGCAAGAGAAGAAUUCAAGAAAAGCAAAUGCUAUGAGAAGACAGAGAAAUUUUGCUUUAUUGGGAGCAAAAUUUCAGAAUGGAGUUGAGGACCCUCUUGUGGCAGGACUAGACAACCCAGACCUUGGCCCAUUCUUGCUUAAACAAACUAGGAAUAUGAUUUCUUCCGGUGAAAAUCCUAAGAAGGCUCUUGAACUGGCUCUUCGGGCAAGGAAGUCGUUUGAGAUAUGUGCAAAUGAGAAGCCCAAUUUGGAGCUGGUCAUGUGUUUGCAUGUUUUGGCAGCAAUAUACUGCAGCUUAGGCCAUUACAAUGAGGCAAUACCAGUUCUGGAGCGCUCAAUUGAUAUUCCGGUGAUAGAGGAUGGCCAAAAUCAUGCACUAGCUAAGUUUGCUGGAUGCAUGCAAUUAGGUGAUACUUAUGCAAUGCUAGGCCAGGUUGAGAAUUCAAUACUGUUUUAUACCGCUGGUUUGGAAAUCCAACGGCAAGUUUUGGGAGAAACAGACCCUCGAGUUGGUGAAACAUGCCGGUAUGUAGCUGAGGCUCAUGUUCAAGCAUUGCAGUUUGAUGAGGCUGAGAAGUUUUGUCAGAUGGCCCUUGACAUCCACAGGGAGAAUGGUUCUCCUGCUUCUCUUGAAGAAGCAGCAGAUAGGAGACUCAUGGGACUUGUCUAUGAUGCAAAGGGAGACUAUGAAGCUGCUCUUGAGCACUAUGUUUUAGCAAGCAUGGCCAUGGCAGCCAAUGAGCAGGAAAUAGAUGUGGCUUCAAUUGAUUGCAGCAUUGGAGAUGCGUAUUUAUCCUUGGCUCGGUAUGAUGAGGCCAUCUUUUCUUAUCAGAAAGCACUCACAGUCUUUAAAUCAGCCAAAGGAGAGAAUCAUCCAGCCGUUGCUUCCGUUUUUGUCCGUUUAGCUGACUUGUACCACAAGAUAGGAAAGUUUAAAGAAUCUAAAUCUUAUUGUGAAAAUGCACUCAGAAUCUAUGGAAGGCCUAAUCCUGGGAUCCCCUCAGAAGAGAUUGCCAGUGGUCUUAUUGAUGUUUCUGCUAUCUAUCAAUCCAUGAAUGAAUUGGAGCAGGCACUCAAGUUACUUAAAAAGGCUUUGAAAAUAUAUGGUGACACCCCAGGUCAACAAAGUACAAUUGCUGGAAUUGAGGCUCAAAUGGGAGUCAUGUAUUAUAUGAUGGGGAACUAUUCUGACUCCCAUAACACCUUGGAAAGUGCCAUCACGAAGUUCCGGGCAAGUGGAGAGAAGAAAUCUGCCCUGUUUGGGAUUGCUCUUAACCAAAUGGGACUUGCCUGUGUGCAGCGCUAUGCGAUAAAUAAGGCUGCAGAUCUUUUUGAAGAAGCAAGGAGUAUUUUAGAGAAGGAAUAUGGGCCAUAUCACCCUGAUACAUUAGGGGUCUAUAGUAAUCUUGCUGGAACUUAUGAUGCAAUGGGCAGGCUGGACGAUGCCAUUGAUAUUUUGGACUAUGUUGUUGGCAUGAGAGAAGAGAAGCUUGGAACAGCAAAUCCUGAUGUGGAUGAUGAGAGGAGGAGGUUAUCGGAGUUGUUGAAAGAAGCGGGCAGAGCCCGGAACAGGCAAUCAAGAUCACUAGUUACACUUCUUGACAACAACCCUGAGAUAGUAAAAGAUGAUGGUAUUUAGGUAUUGUAAUGUUGAUGGUGUAUAUAUGCUUGUUUGUAAAGUAUCUUGCACAAGAGCACUAGGUGGUCUGUUUGGUUAGCAGAUCGUUGAGAAGUUUGGAAAAAAUAAACAGAUACAUAAAUAGUCAAUAAUAGCAGCAAGGGAGAGAUUCUGAUUCAAAUUCUUUGGAUAUGGUAUAAGAAGGUGUCAAUAGAAGUCACAUUUAUAUUUUGCUGUUUACUGAUUGAUGAAAUUUCUGUGGGAUGUUAAUAAAAGAAUUGGUGGAAUAUCGUUUCUCAAUGUCAA